GUGUCAAACCAAGAGGAAACAUAAAGUUGAAGAAGAUAAGACACAACUAAAAUCGUCCCACUUUAAUUAAUCCAUCCUCUGCUUCAACAAGCAGCUUCACUCUGCAGUUUCAUCUUCAGCUAUGUGAUGCCAAUGGCCUCCAUAGUCUGCAUACCCACCCAACUCGGCGCCCUAAAGAACAAACUCAACGACCACCUCUCCUUCACCACCAUUACUCCAAGCUUUCAUCUGGGUCGUUUAAAUUCAUCGAGUUUGUCGACUGAUGCUCAUAAAUUUGCCUGCGGGAGUCGUAGAACGCAAUUGGGGUUGUGCAGAAAUGUCCGUUUUAGAGGUUUGUUAUCGGAAUGUAAAGCGAUGGAGGUUGAUUCGAUGCCCCAAGAGAAUGGGGAAGAGGAUGUUGGUAUGGGGACUCUGAUUUGGAGGGCAAUUAAGUUACCAAUUUAUUCAGUUGCCUUGGUUCCUUUAAUGGUAGGCAGUGCAGCUGCUUAUUUUCAGUCUGGCAACUUCUCUUCUCGGCUUUUUGCUGUAAUCCUGGCUUCCUCAGUUCUUAUCAUCAGUUGGCUUAAUUUAAGUAACGACGCUUAUGACUUCAGUACAGGAGCUGAUAAGAACAAAAAGGAGUCGGUUGUAAAACUUGUUGGCAGCCCUACAGGAACACUUGUUGCUGCCUACACUUUUCUUGCUCUUGGCUUCAUGGGAUUGACAUGGGCUUCUUUGGAGGCUGGGAACCUGCGUUCAAUAUUAUUUUUAGCCUUUUCAAUUGUUUGUGGCUACAUAUAUCAGUGUCCACCAUUCCGGUUAAGUUACCAAGGAUUAGGAGAGCCCUUGUGCUUUGCUGCUUUUGGUCCAUUUGCUACAACAGCGUUUUACUUAUUACAGAGUAACGCAAGGGCGAUGAGAUAUCUUCCCAUAUCCAAUACAAUUCUUUCUGCUUCUAUCCUUGUGGGGACGACAACGACUUUAAUUCUCUUCUGCAGCCAUUUCCAUCAGGUUGAGGGAGAUAGAGCUGUAGGAAAAAUGUCUCCUUUGGUGAGGCUUGGUACAGAAAGAGGUUCCAAGGUGGUGAAGGUUGCAGUAAUUAUGCUCUAUGUGCUUCUGUUUGCCCUAGGUUUAAGCAAGAAUCUUCCAUUUACUUGCAUUUUAUUUUGUGGUCUUACUGUUCCUGUGGGCAAGCUGGUAGUUAGCUUUGUUGAAGAAAACCACAAGGAUAAACAGAAAAUUUUCAUGGCCAAGUAUUUCUGUGUGAGGUUACAUGCCAUAUUUGGACUUGCGUUGGCUGCUGGUUUUGUUGUAGCUAGAUUGAUCUCUACAAUUAAUACAUCAAGAAUAAUUUCACUUUAAGCUUAAGCUCGGUUGUAACAAUAAUGUCUUGAGCUUCUUUUGAGAUGUUCUAGUGAAUUUGCACAACACAUCACAUUCCGGGGGCACCCCAGAACAGCUCGUGUUAGCGAUCUCAUUCGUUGUUGCGAGAAUCUGGUCCAUUGAAGGUUGGACUCUUAAGGAAAGAAUGAUGUUAUCAAGAAUAGCUCGUGCUAGAGCACAAUGACACAUUCCUUGGCUUUGCAAAGCACUUCAAGGGGACUAUUUAGAGUAAGCUGAGAGUUUUUCUGGGUUUCUUGAUAUUUAACAUGUAGUAUUUACUUGUAAACAACAAUAGUCAAAAGAAAAAGUAGCUUUACAAGGUUCCAAACAAGUUAUAAUAA